AUGGCCGCCACCACCUCCCUCGACCACCUGUCCAACCGCAUGAAGCUGGAGUGGCACUCCAAGCUCAACACCGAGAUGGUCCCGGCCAAGAACUUCCGCCGCACUUCCAUCAUCGGUACCAUUGGUCCCAAGACCAACUCCGUUGAGAAGAUCAACGCCCUGCGCGCAUCUGGCCUGAACGUCGUCCGCAUGAACUUCUCCCACGGUUCAUAUGAGUACCACCAAUCGGUGAUUGACAACGCCCGCGAGGCUGCUCGCGUUCAGGCCGGUCGUCCCCUGGCCAUUGCUCUUGACACCAAGGGCCCCGAGAUCCGCACUGGUAACACCGUCGAGGAUAAGGACUUCCCUAUCGCUGCCGGCACUGAGCUCAACAUCACCACCGAUGAGGCUUAUGCCACUGCCAGUGAUGACAAGAACAUGUUUGUCGACUACAAAAACAUCACCAAGGUGAUCUCCCCCGGCAAGCUCAUCUAUGUCGAUGACGGUAUCCUGUCUUUCGAGGUCCUCGAAGUUGUGGACGACAAGACCCUGCGCGUCAAGUGCUUGAACAACGGCAACAUCUCCUCUCGCAAGGGUGUCAACUUGCCCGGCACCGACGUCGACCUGCCCGCUUUGUCCGAGAAGGACAUCAGCGACUUGAAGUUCGGUGUCAAGAACAACGUUGACAUGAUCUUCGCUUCUUUCAUCCGCCGUGGCAGCGACAUCCAGAGCAUCCGUGACGUCCUCGGCGAGGAGGGUAAGGAGAUUCAGAUCAUUGCCAAGGUCGAGAACCAGCAGGGUGUCAACAACUUUGAUGAGAUUCUCGAGGUCACUGACGGUGUCAUGGUUGCCCGUGGUGAUCUUGGUAUUGAGAUCCCCGCCCCCAAGGUCUUCAUCGCCCAGAAGAUGAUGAUCGCCAAGUGCAACAUCAAGGGCAAGCCUGUCAUUUGCGCCACUCAGAUGCUCGAGUCCAUGACCUACAACCCUCGCCCCACCCGUGCUGAGGUUUCCGACGUUGCCAACGCUGUCCUGGACGGCGCUGACUGUGUCAUGCUGUCUGGUGAAACCGCCAAGGGUAACUACCCCUGUGAGGCCGUCAAGAUGAUGCACGAGACCUGCCUGUUGGCCGAGGUCACCAUCCCCCACUUCCAGAUCUUCGAUGAGCUCCGCAACUUGGCUCCUCGCCCCACCGAGACUUCCGAGUCCAUUGCCAUGGCUGCUGUCAGCGCCAGUCUGGAGCUGAACGCCGGCGCCAUCGUCGUCCUGACCACCAGCGGCAAGACUGCCCGUCUUCUGUCCAAGUACCGCCCCGUCUGCCCCAUCAUCAUGGUCACUCGCAAUGCCACUGCUUCCCGGUACUCCCACCUGUACCGUGGUGUCUGGCCCUUCUACUUCCCCGAGAGCAAGCCCGACUUCAACGUCAAGAUCUGGCAGGAGGACGUCGACCGCCGCCUCAAGUGGGGUAUCAACCACGGUCUCAAGCUCGGCAUCAUCAACAAGGGCGACCCCAUCGUCUGCGUCCAGGGAUGGCGUGGCGGCAUGGGCCACACCAACACUGUUCGUGUGGUUCCUGCUGAGGAGAACCUCGGCUUGUCUAUGGAGUAG